AUGUUUCAAUUUUUUCAAAGAAGACGUCAACAUCUCUUGCUUGACUCUGCUGAACAAGAGGCGGUGGAUCAAAAUGGUUUACUCGUUGAAAGAGAGAAUUCAGAGAGACAAGGCAAAACACAUCGAGGUUCUGUUAUCGGUCGUGCAUACAUUGAUCGUGAUCGUAAGACAGGCCAUGAAAACUUGGUGCGUGAUUACUUCUCUCCAACUCCGACAUUUCCUCAUAGGGUAUUUCGAAGACGAUUCCGCAUGAGUCAGAAAUUAUUUCUUCGCAUCCAUGAUGCUGUUGUGUCUUAUGAUGACUACUUUGUGCAAUCUCGAAAUGCAGCACACACAGAGGGUUUAUCUUCACUACAGAAAGUGACUGCAGCCCUCAGAAUGUUGUGUUAUGGAGUUUCUGGUGAUAUGAUGGAUGAAUAUAUUCGGCUUGCGGAGAGCACAACAAAUGAGGCUAUGAAAAAUUUUAUUGCGGCAGUGAUUACUAUUUUCGGUGAUAAGUACUUAAGGUCGCCUACUUCCAAUGACAUAGCUCGUUUACUUAAACUCUAUGAGUCACGUGGAUUCCCAGGAAUGCUUGGCAGUAUCGAUUGUAUGCACUGGACAUGGAAAAACUGUCCAAGUGGAUGGAAAGGCUCACUCAAUGACAUCAACGUGCUUGAACGUUCUCCUGUCUUCACCAAUCUUAUUAAUGGUCGUGCUCCACCAGUGAAUUUUGUCAUCAAUAAUCAUCAAUAUGAUAUGGGGUAUUAUCUGGCAGAUGGUAUCUACCCGCAAUGGUCAACAAUUGUAAAGUCAAUCCAUAUGCCACAAACUCAAAAGGCACAAAAUUAUGCAAAAGCUCAAGAGUCUGCAAGAAAAGAUGUUGAACGGGCUUUUGGAGUUCUCCAAGCUCGUUUCCAUAUCAUUCGUCAACCUUGCAGGUUUUUCAAAACAGCAACAAUGAAGAACAUCAUGAAGGCAUGUGUUAUAAUGCAUAACAUGAUUGUAGAAGAAGAGCGUGACCUAUACAAAUCAUUAGAGAAAGGUAACUAUUAUUUAUUUGAAGAAGUUUCUGAUAUAUCACUGACUCGUGAGUAUGAAGAUUUUGAUUAUGACCAAUUCAUUAAGGGAAGUCAGAAGUUAAAAGAUAAGACUCAACACCGUCGUCUUCAAGCCGAUUUAAUUGAGCAUCUAUGGGAGAGGCAUGGAAAUAUUGAGUACUAG